GGAGCAGCUCGAGGGGCAGCUCAGGGGGGCCGGGGAGUAGCUCGGGAGCUGCAAGGAGUGAGUCCGAGUUGACCGGGGAGCAGCUGGGGUGGUGCCGGGGCUCCGGGAGCUGCUCCGGGGCCAGGGCGGCGGCGGCUGUCCCGGUGGAAGCCAUCCCCGUUACCCGUGUCUCCAUCCGUGCCUCCAGCAGUUGUUGGCUUCUCCAGACCGUGUCGAUCCUGCCCAAAGGCUUGGUCUGCCUUCUUCCCACCGUGAGGGUCAAGCCUGAUGCAUCACCACCACUGGCCACCUGACUUCUGUAUUUUUCCGGUUUUGUUGGUAAAUGAGAGCCUGAGGCCUGGCAUUGUCUUGCAGAAGAAGUUCUGUCCUGAUGGCUGUGGAUGUGGGAAAAUCACUUUCUGAAGCAUCACUGAGCGGGAAGGCUGGGAGCAGUGGUAGGUGGGACUGCACAGAGGUGGAGACGGACUACCCAGAGCUAACAGACAGCCUGCGCCAGCUUUUAGGGACAGAGGAAGCCAAGCCUUGCCCACAAGGGACAGAGAGUGUGGCAAUGAGUGGAUACAGUUGCUUGGCCACUGGUGUUACCCAGGGAGGCUCGAGCUACCACCAAGAAUUGUCUUCAGGAUCCAUAUCCGGAUUUCCCAGAGCAAGAGCAAGCCUCUCAGAGACAGAGACGUUAAUUUAUAGAGCCGCCGAUGGCAACGUGCCUCAUCAUGUUAGCCAGCACUUCCUCUCCUCAGAAGAGCAGCAGGUGAAGGCAUCAGGCUCUUGGGAGCCAGUGUCCAGCCCUCCCAGCCAGCACAGCUCUGCAGACGAGAGCAUCCUCGCUGGCAACUGCCACGAUGCCCUUGCCAAGCGACACAGCCAAAGGCUGGGAGCUCAGUCCCCAUUUUCCUCCUCUCCAGAGCUCCUGCAGCCCCAGCCCCAAGCACCCCUAAGCCCUGAGAGCGCCCUGCGGAGCCGCUCCGCAUCAAGCUUCUCCACUCUAUCUUCAGAAGAAAAUGGUCUCUCCAAAGAGCCGUCCCGAAGCUUGCCAGCCACUGUGGAUGUGCCUUCUCCUGCGGCCACUGCUGCCCAGGACCGGUGCUCUCGGUGGAGUGUGGCAAAAGGCAAGGUGCCGUGGGCGCACAAGCCUGUCAGUGCUCUGCUUGAUGGUCACGCCACUAUGGAGCGUGUCAGAGGGAUGUCGUCCUACCAAGCUGAUUACUGGGCGUGUGCCAUACCGGAUUCGUUACCCCCAUCUCCGGACCGUCGGUCACCACACUGGAACCCCAAUAAAGAGUACGAGGACUUGCUGGAUUAUGCUUAUCCGCUGAAGCCAAGAUACAAACUGGGAAAGGUGCCAGAACCUUUCCUCCAUGACUCAGGAAUAGGUUUGGACAGCUUUUCUGUUUCCCCUGAAGGCACGUUGAGGUCCACCAGCAUAUACAGCCGAGGUGGGCAGGCUCAGGGAGGCAGAGAAAAAGAAUGUUGGAGGUUCAUGGGCUCUGCAGAGAGGUUCUCCACCCCAAGGUCUGGAAAAAGAGGCUGCUCAGGCACGGGUUUGUACUAUGAACCUUUACCUAUUGCAAAUGCAUCCUUUGCAAAGAGUGCUUCCUCUCGUCCUUCUAGAGGUUUUGUGGAGGAUGUAACAAUGGAGGCAGCUGAGCCAAGUUUGUUCAGCUGCUCCGCUGUGGAUGGGAGAAGCUGGUGUACUGGAGGGAGCCCCUUUCCACACUACCACGGGCAGAUGAAAAGCACUAGCAGGUUUUUACCAACAACACAAGCGCUUCCCCUGAGGAAGGAGUGGGAGGGUGAUGAAGAAUUUCUCUCCCUGCCUCCAAAACUGCGGGAGCUAGAAAGGCUGGCUCAGUUUUUGUCCAGUCUUUCCUUAACUAUAAGGACACCUGGGCACAACUACCAAACCCUUCCACAUCGCCGCGACAGCAGGCAGCACCUUUCCUCUGUGUUGGCUCCUUUCAGAGAUGCAGGUGUCAAGGACAAAAGAGGGAAUAUUGAGGAUUAUGCUGGGCGGUGGCCCCCCUGCAGCUCUCCAAAGCCCAGCUGGGAAAACACUGAAUCGUGUGGCCGGAUCCAUGGAGAUCCUCUGCGGGGGCUUAACCUACCAACCAGUCUCAGGGACACAUUGGAUGGGACGUACCUACAUGAACCACAGUCCAAGGGGCAUCCAAAGAAGAGCCAGCGGGGCGAGUCCCUUGCCCACUGUGUUAAGAUGUUUUGCUGCCAGCUGGAAGAGCUCAUUCAUUGGCUGUACAGCAUUGCAGACAUCACCGACAGCUGGGUCCCAGCCUCCCCAGACACCGCGAGCGUGAAGGCAUCGCUGCACCGCUACUUGGAGUUCAGGAAAGACGUGGCCAACCACCGGAGCCUGACGGAGAGCGUCCUGGAGAGGGGAGAAGCUCUCCUCGACUGCAUGGCAUCAAAUUCACCAGCUCUGAAAGACACGCUGGGUUUGAUAGCGAAACAGUCGGAAGUGCUAGAAACCCGCGCAGAGCACUUGUACGAGUCCAUUCUAGCUGCCGCAGGUCCCCUGCAGGGCAAGGAUGGGAUGGAGGACAAGGGAGCGCAGCAGACAGCCGCUCAGUGGGUGCCGCCUGUAUCAGACGUGGGUUUCGUUAGCCAGUCUUAGGAUGGCUGAGAAGGAAUGCAGCGAGCACCAAACCAGCUCUUCUACCUAGUGAAGAGAUGCCAAAUACGUACAAUCACUGUGUCAGGCAUUAGCCAGACUGGCUGAUUUCCGUUGUUUUUUUUACUGUGGCUUGAGAAAGGCAAAGCUGUACAACAGGUAUUUGUCUGCUGGGACGUCUGGUUAUAGUGCUGACUAUGUUGGGGAGUUCAGUGAGUGAGGAAUGUACAGCUGGCCUUCUCUUCUUUUGGUUUAGUUUUUGGUUUUUUUUAACGUAGCUUUCCUUUUUAUUGCAGUGGCCUGUUCCGCCUAUUAGCAAAAUGUCAGGAACACCAUUUUGUAACUCAGUAAUCCAUAGUGUGCUGUGCAACUCACUUAUAAGUAAAGCCAUGUGAUUUUAAUAGUCGUGUUCUCAUGUUUUGUUUA